AUGGUGGUGUUUCUUGUGGUGGAAUUCCGGGUGGUUGUUCUUGUUCUUCGGCUGUUGGCUGUUGUGGUUGAAUUUGAUAGUGGGAUGGACGCGGCUCUCGGUGGACUUUUCUCUUUUGGCCCGGAGGAUAUGCUUACAACUCGACUUAUGACGUUGGAAGUCAAGUUGCAAGCCGAGGCAGCGACGGGACGAGGGAAGAAGCUGGCGGUCGAGAAUAGCGAACCCAUCAGACAAGGACUAUCAUGCGUUAGGCGAGAAGAAGAAGACAACGACGAGAGAAGAAAGACGAAGAGUGGAGAGUGUCAAAUGCUGAAGAAGAGGAAGAAGAGAGAGAGAGAGAGGAAGACGAGGAAGAAGAAGACGAGGAAGUUCAAGUAUAAAGAAGAAGAAGCCAAAAAGAGCCCAAAAGAGGCCAAGCAGAAAAAAGGGCAAAAAAAGAAAAGAAAAAGAAAGAAAAAAAGAAAAAUGGUGGGUAACGUAACGUAA